CUGUGCAGAGUGGAGGGUGGUUAGACACGGGGGAUUUCACACAAAGGGUCAUUGUGACAGGGACAUGCACCCUUCCCAAUGUUGAAGAUCUUGGUGCCCGUGUAAAGUGAAAGACGGCUCCUUGCGCUAUAGUCUGCAGCUUUUAAUGAAGACCUUUUCUGGUUUGCUGCCAGUGACUAGUGGUGUUCCGCAAGGGUCGGUGCUGGGACCGCUAUUCUUCAGGUAACUUUGUGGCGACUCUUUGCAUACUUGACCAUCAUGCAAACCAACCUCCCUUUCAUUGACUCCAUCUACACUUCACGCUGCCUUGGCAAGGCCACCAUGAUAAUCAAGAACCAGUCUUAUUCCCCUCUCCAAUCAGGCAAGAGGUACAGAAGUGUGAAAACGCAUAUAGAAACAUAGAAAAUAUCUCCAGAUUCAGGGACAGUUUCUUCCCAGCUGUUAUCAAAUAACUGAGCCAUCCUGGCACUAACUAGAGCGUUCCUAACCUACAAUCUACCUCAUUGGUAACCCUUGGACUUCCUCUAAUCUGACUUUACGGGACUUUAUCUUACACUAAAUAUUAUUCCCUUUAUCCUGUGCCUGUACGCUGUAUGUAGGAUGGAACUGCAGAUGCUGGUUUAAAAUGAAGAUUGACACAAAAAGCUGGAGAGAUAAUAUGGAAAUGAGGCCUUCAGCACAACAAAUCCACGCCAACCAGCGAUCUCCCCGAACACUAGCACCAUCCUACACAUUAGGGAUAAUUUUCAAUUUACAGAAGCUGAUUAACAUAAAAACCUGUACGUCUUUGGAAUGCGGGAGGAAACCGGAGCACCCGGGGAAAACCCAUGGGAGUACGUACAAACUCUGUACAAAUAGCACCUAGAGUCAGGAUUGAGUCCUGGUCUCUGGCGCCGUACGGCUGCAACUCUACCACUGCACCACUGUGCUGUGCUGCCCCACUGUGUGCAUGUGUUGAGGGCCUGAGCCACAGGGAGAGGUCUGGCAGGCAAGGAUUUUAUUCCUUGGAGCGCAGGAGGCGAGGGGCGAUCUUAUAUAGGUGUAUAAAAUCAUGAGGAGAACAGAUAGGAUGAAUACAGUCUUUUACCCAGAAUAGUGGGAUCAAGAAGUUUAUGGUGAGAAAGGAAAGAUUUAUUAGAAACAUGAGAGGGUGGUGGGUGUAUGGAACGAGCAACCAGAGUAGGUAGUUGAGGCAGGUACUAUCACAGCAUUUGAAAGACACUUGGAUAGGGGCAUGGCUAGGCAAGGUUUAGAGGGAUACGGGCCAAACGCAGGCAGGUGGGACGAGUGUAGAUGGGGCAUGUUGGUCGGCAUGGGCCAGUUGGGCCGAAGGGGCUGUUUCCAUGCUGUGUAACUCCACUGAAUGCAUUGCCGUGCGGGUGAGUUGGAGUCAGGUACCUGACAACCCCUCCCCAUUACCGCGCUGCUAUUGGCGAACGACAACGCAUCCUGUUUACUGGAUGGUCACCACCGUUGUCAAUCAAACCCAGGGAUAAUAUAACUAGUGGCUCUGGCCACUUGGAGAGCGCAGGAUGGAGUGGUGAAGAUGUAUCCAGCGACUUGUAGAAGCUGCAGUAGUUUAAAACGCUUCUGGCCAACAUAAAUAAGCAUGUCUUUCAUUUAUUUCCAACAGAUCAAAUGCCGGGGAAGGAGUGCGCUCUAACAUUCCCGGAGAAUCGCUCCCGUUCUCACUGAAGUGGCCGGAGUUGCGACGGAGUGUCGAGGCAGCACCCACCGCAAGUUCUGGGACGGAGUGUGUCUGAGGCAUGAACUUCGCCCAAGUUUCCGCGCUGCUCCUAAUCCUCCUAACCCAGUGCCCCAUCCCCCGGGUGCUGUGCGUGCAUCAGGAGUGCAACGUUUGGUCAGAAGUCGCACGACUGCGCGAUGAAUGUCUCUGGAACAUCGAGAGAGAAAACCAGAGCUUGGAGACGGGGUGCAGCAGAUUGUGGGAAAAUGUAACGUGUUGGCCUCCUGCCAGAGAUGGAGAAGUGGUUGUGGUGUCUUGCAUAAGGUUGCCUGGCCUUUUCCUCAACCCCGGAGCCAACGUCAGCAGGAACUGCACCAGCACAGGAUGGUCAAUGCUCCAGCAGCCCUAUAAGUUGGCCUGCGGAUACAACGAGAACGGCACUCCGUCUGAUGAAAAGCAAACCUUCUACGAAGUGUCCAGGAUUGGCUACACCAUAGGAUACAGCCUCUCGCUGCUCUCUCUGACAGUGGCCGUAGUCAUCCUUUGCAUCUUCAGCAAGUUACACUGCACCAGAAACUACAUCCACAUGCACCUCUUCAUAUCGUUUAUCCUGAGGGCCAUCGCUGUCUUUGUCAAGGACCUGGUUCUCUUUCAGCUGGACCCGUGCUAUAAAGCGCCGGCCGGUUGUAAAGCAGCAGUGGUCUUCUUUCAAUACUGCAUCAUGGCAAACUUCUUCUGGCUGCUGGUGGAGGGUCUCUACUUGCACACCCUGCUGGUUAUCUCCUUCUUCUCCGAGAAAAGAUACUUCUGGUGGUACAUCCCCAUCGGCUGGGGGACACCACUGCCGUUUAUUAUCAUCUGGGUCAUCACGAAAGUCCAUUUUGAUGAUUUUGCAUGUUGGCAGAUCAUUGACUCCCCUUUCUGGUGGAUCAUUCGGACCCCGAUUCUCAUCGCCAUCUUGGUGAACUUUGUUUUCUUCACGUGCAUUAUCCGAAUAUUGAUUCAGAAGCUGCACUCCCCUGACGUGGGACUGAAUCAAUCCAACCAGCACUUGAGGCUGGCAAAGUCGACCCUUCUGCUGAUCCCACUGUUCGGAAUCAAUUACAUUGCAUUCGCUUUCUUCCCCGAUCAAUUAAACCCAAAAGUGAAGAUUGUCUUUGAUCUUGUUCUUGGAUCCUUUCAGGGAUUCAUUGUGGCCGUACUGUACUGUUUCCUGAAUGGAGAGGUACAGUCGGAGCUGAAGAGGAAGUGGAGACGCUGGCGCAUCAAGAGGGUAGUGGGAGGAGAUAUGAAAUAUCACCAGCCUUCGGUUGGCAGCAAUGGCACCAACUGCACCACCCAGAUCUCCAUGUUGACCAAGUGCAGCCCCAAGAUCACAGACUCCAACAUUCAGACCGAGUCCUCCAUCUCCUAGGUCCAGGCUGACCCAGGCUUCAGCUGAACUCUAACCCCUGGGAAGCAACUCAAAGAUGCGCAGAUAUUUGCUUGGGCAAAUUUGCUAGAGUGGCACAGUGGCGCAUCUGGUAGAACGACUGCCUCACGGAACCAAAGAGCCGGGCUUGAUCCUGACCUCGGGUGUAGUCUGUGCAUGUGAAGUUUGCACUUUCUCCCUGUGACCACGUGGGUUUCCUCCGGGUGCUCCGAUUUCCUCCCACAUCCCAAAGACGUGCGGGUUUGCAGGUUAAGUGCUUUCUGUAAAUUGUCCCCUGGUGUGUAGAGAGUGGGUGAGAAAGUGGAAUAAUAUAGCACAGUGUGAAUGGGUGAUUGAUGGUUGGCACAGACUUGGUGGGCUGAAGGCCCUGUUUCCAUGCUGUAUCUCUACGACUAAUAUAAAAAGCUGAGACUAACAAAAAAAAAAGGCAGCUUUUGGCCUUUAGACUCUGUAGUUGCCCUUAGUGUGUAGUGGGAUAACUAGUGAGAACGGGUAAUCAAUGGUUGGCGUGGACAUGGUGGGCCAAAUAGCCUGUUUCCAUGUUGUAUCUCUAAACUAAAUCUAAACUUUGUACCAUUGAUUUGCUUCGAAACCCAGCCUUCCGGGGAAGAUUCAGCAAAAUAAAAUCAUUGUUGUAUUUCUUGAUAUUGUUGUGUUGAACUUCCAAUGGGUUGAGAUUAGGAGAGAAAGUCAUGGGUGUUUUGUUUUUACCUGGUUAAACUAUGACAUGGAUAAAGCUAGACAUGGUGUAAAAAAAAGACAAACCGCUGGAGUAACUCAGUGGGCAGGCAGCAUCUCUGGAGAACAUAGAUAGGUGACCUUUUGUGUUGGGACCCUUCUUCAGACUUGCAGAAUUGAGCAUAGAACAUAGAUAACAUAAAACUGGUGUGAACGGGUGAUCGAUGGACUGUGUGGAUGGACUCAGUCAAUGACCUGUUCCAUGCUCCAUCUCUAAACUAUAGCAAGGAAACAGGCCCUUCGGCCCACCUGAUCAUCGAUCACCUGUUCACAGUGGUUCAAUGUUAUCCCACUUUCUCAUCCAUUCCCAACACAGUUGGGGCAAUUUUACAGGGGGACAAUUAACCUGCAAACCCGCACGCCUUUCGGACGUGGGAGGAAAAUGGAGGAAACCCGCAGGGUCAGAGGGAGAACGUGCAAACACCACACAGACUGCAUCUGAGUUCAGGAUCAAACCUGGGUCUCUGGCACUGUGAGGAAGUGUCCCACCGGCUGCGCCACUGUGCUAACUUGAAGUGUUGAUCAGUGCCGGAUUUAGAUGAAGAGAGGCCCUAAGCUGUUCCACUUGUGAGGCCCCCAACGACCGGACAGCCAUGGCGGCCAAAUCUCCCACAAUUCAAAGCGAGGGAGAAAGUGCCCAGCGCCGACCAGUUGCCGCUGCAGUGCGCAUGCGCAGGGCGGCCGAUGAUGCGCUGGCCGUGGUUGUGCGCAUGUGCAAGGCGGCCUGCCGUGCCGUGCCGGCGGAUGAGGAGCGAGCGGAGCCCGGCGGCCCGGACACGGAUAGCAGGGGGAGAUGGAGAGAGAGAGAUAGAGAGGGGGGCCGCCCAGAGUUGAACGGUAGAUGUUCUGCCUUGGCCGGAGGCCCCCCUAGACCUCGAGGCCCAUCAAUUUUUUCGGGGGGCCCCCUAGAAAGUGGGGGCCCCAAGCUAUAGCUUGUUUAGCUUGUAUGUAAAUCCGGCACUGGUGUUGAUCAUUGAAACAAAUUGCAAGGUCCCUAGUUCGACCUGUAAUAUCUGUUGGUUCAUUUCCUUUUCUGGAUGUUGAGAACUGUGCUGUUGAUGUAAAAAUAAAAAACUGCAGAUGCUGGGUAUCUGAACCAAACAGAAAAUGCCUGAAACACUCAGCAGGUCAAACAGCAUCUGCUGGAAGAGUAACGGAGUUGAAAGUUCCUCGACCUGGAAUAUUACCUCUUACUUUUCCCAUCUCGGCUGUGUGCUUCUGACAUUUUCUGAUUAUUAUUUUCAAGGAUGGAUGAAGUUGUUGUUAUUGCUUAUACAUGUUGUCCUUUAGCUUUAUGGCUGUUACGUAAAAGCAGGCUUUUCUCUUAUUUUUACAUUAAUUGUGAUGUGAUAUUGGUGAAUUUAUUUGAUUAAAGAGCUGGAUCUGUUAGCCCUCUAAUUAUCUGUGAGAUCUUGGUUUGGCCACGGCCUAUAAUGUUACAAUAUUUAAUUUUACAUUUUGUAUGAGUUUAAUUGAUAUUUAAUUUUAUAUUUCUUAAGUUUUAAUUGAGUUUAACUGAAGUUGUGAAAUUGACAAAUCCAGUCGCUACAUACAGAUCUUUGCUGAUACCAUUGACUUGACUUUAGAUUUAAGAGAUACAGCACAGAAACACCGAGUCCGUGCCAACUAGCGAUCACCCCGUGCACUAACACUAUCCUAGACAUGAGCUACAAUUUUACCAAAGCCAAU